AUGAAGUCCAUUGUUUCCCUAGCCGCGUUCGCUGGUGUCUCUCUAGCACAGAAUUCCAUCAUCGGCCUUCCUACCGCUGGUCAGAACCUCACCAAAGGCAGCAACGUGGUCAUCCAGGUUAAGCGUCCUAACUCCUUAACAGGCUCUACCGAGAUUGCUGUUAUGAUUGGAAUUUCGUCCUGCGUAUCUACUGCUUGUCGACCUGCAGGUAAGGUUAUGGGUACUAUUCUUUACCAUGGGGACUUCGAUCCUCAGUACUACGAGGCUAGCCAGCCUCCCUAUCAGAACUUCACUAUCACAGUUCCCAACUUGAUUCCUACUGGGGAUGCGCAGAUCAAUAUUGCCCAUGUCGCUCUUGUCGGAGCAGGGGCUUUCCCCUACCUGGAGACUCUGAACCGCACCGUAGUCGUGAUCUGA